CAAGAAUUCCAUGUGACAACGAAUUUUGUUAGCCAUCACUAUCGCUAAAUUAUGUGCUAGUUUCAGUGGUUCUCGAAAAAAGGUUAUUAAAAAUGCUGCUUUUUUAAUCGUUAUAUUAAAGAAUUUAACAAUGGAUCCAUGUUUAAAGGUUGGUAUUGACUAUUGAUGUUGAACAAAAAACUAAAUAUUACAAACGAAUCAAAAAGAAUAUUUACUGUUUUCAGAUUUCACAUGAUAAACGAGACCAAGAUGUCGUCACAGACCAGGGAUUUUCGUCGACGAUUGAAGAAAAUCGUCAACGAUGUAUCAACCCUUCAGCUGUCGUUCGAAGAAGCACAGACAGAAUUUGAAAUUUUGCUGCGUGACCUAACAUCACUACCGCCUAUACCUUGUAAUAUCAGAAUAGAAUUAGCGUGUGUCUACAACUUCGUAGUUGUUGCAAAUCCUAAACCUGGGAAAAAUGUUCUUCAUAUUUUCGAGAAGAGUUUGGUUCGCUGUGUUGAAAUGUUGAAUCCUAGAAUAUCUGUCUCUUCUUCUACUUCAACCCAAUGGACCUGCAUAACAUAUCUACUCAGACAGAUUGUAGACUCCAGGUUGGGUUCUACUGAGCUGACCCUGCUCCUAGCAGCUGCUACAGCACAGAUUCUCUGGUCCGGAGAUAUUCAAGGUGUUCAGGAUCUUCAACCCUUUGCUCAGCUUAUACAGCUCCUAGAUAAACAGAUGAAAGAAGAAAGAAUGGAAGUUGAGGAAGAGAAGGAUGAGAAGGAUGAGGAAAAUGAGGAGGAAGGAAAUUUUGAGAAUGAGAUAAAUGAGUUAAAAGUAUUAAAUAUAUUCUACCCAGCUCAGCUGGUUGGAAUCCAACAUGUUCACCUCACAGCUCAACUCAACUUUAUUACUCUUAAACUUCUCAGAGGUCAGAAUGUCAGCCUAGGUGAGGUUAAAGCCCUAUCGGAGGUCCCUGACCUCGCAAACCUCAGAAAAUUGUUCGAGGCCAUGAAAGGAGUAAUUAAUAAGGAGAAAAGAAAACUGAAGGGUGAAGAUGCCCCUUUAACAACGAUGAUGAACAAGGUUGGGUUUACUCUGAAAGGAUUAGAGAAGUUGAAUACGGACUCUGAGCAGGACUGGAUCCAAGUCCUAUAUCUUUGCUCCAAGGCAUUUUCUGUUGAUGAUCGAAAUACAAAAAGAGAGCUUAACGCAAUACAAUCACAAAAUAACAGCUGUGUUCCUCAGAUUCUGAAUAUAAUUAUUCGAGUUCUGAAGUCAAGCAAUCAGUCUUCAUUGGGAUAUUUAAAUAGUUUGCAGAAUCUUCUCAAUUUUCAUGGUUUAAAAUCCUGUCUUCAAAUCCAGGUGAUUCUUGCCCAAACCCUACUGCUAGAGAAAAGAUAUCAGGAAGCUUCAGCAGUUUAUCUUCAUACCCUGUCAGGAUUACGAGGACUAGAGGAUAAGGACGGAUCUCUUGAACCUGGGAUUGAUAUUGAAGAUUUAAGACUCGGAGCAGUACUUAGUCUACUACUGGAGGAGAACCCUUGCGAAUGUUUAGUUAUUCUUAACUACCUGGAGAACCUAAUCCAGAGCAGAGUGGAUUCAAGCGCUGCGGUGGAUUCUUCAUUUUUCUGUUUUUAUUUUGCCUCUAAAGCCUACUCACUAUUCAAGCAGUUUCCCAAGGCACUGAUGUACAUUGAGAGAGCUGAAAAAGAAAUGUGUCCGAUCUUGACGCAGAAACCUCAGAAGAAUAAUGAUCAAGAUGAUUCGAGUUUGAGAUUUCAGCAUAGAGCUUGUAUACAAUCCAGAGUUUAUUUCGAGAAGAGUCAAAUCCUUGGAGCCCAGAAUCUACAUGUACAGGCGCUACAGAAUCUGGAGUGUGCUUUGAGAAUCCAUCCUAAUACAAUCAUGUACAAUCAAUACCUUAGUGAACUUAAGAAGCUGGAAAAUAUGGGAUUACUCACUGCUAAGGAUGCUUUAAAGAAGAAGAAGGUUGGCCAGCUAGAGAGCAGGGUCAAACUAGAGGAUCCUUUUCCUUCCUGGAGUCUAGGUGUACCUGGAGAACAUACAAACUAUUCGAUCUGUCUCAGAUAUAUUCUAGAUCUGGAUACACUAGAACUAGAGAACAGACAAACUAUUCGAUCUGUCUCAGAUAUAUUCUAGAUCUGGAUACAAAAGAACUAGAGAACAG